GUGGAGCAAUCAACUAAUCAAAACAGUGGAAUCCAUCAAAUCCUCAGGAGACAGAUCCAAACACAGGAAAGAAGUUAGUAAUGGAGCUAGAAUUGGGAUUGAAGGUCACAAGAACAAGAGAAGAUGUAUCAUCCUCAGUUGAUUUUCGCUUCUCCAAAGACCCAUUUGGUCCUCUGGUGCUUUCUCAAGAAACAGAUUCAAGGUUCAUCAUCAUCAUCCAUCUUAAAGGAUUCAAGAAGGAAGGUAUCGAGAUUGAGAUAAACAAAGAGGGAGAUAGGAUUACUAUAAGAGGAAGGAAACCUGUUGAAGAAAUGGUUAUGAUUAGAUGGAUGGCAUGGAGGAAAGAAGUUGAAAUGAGAGCCUUCAGGAAAAAAUUUCUGAUUCCAGAUGUUGUUGAUUUAGACAAGAUUAAAGCUAGAUUUGAUGAUGAUGAUGCCACUCUUACGAUCACAAUGCCUAAAAGAGUAAAAGGAAUCUCUGGAUUUAACCUUGAGCAAGAGGUGGAAGAAGAAGAAGAAGAAGAAGAAGAAGAAGAAGAAGAAGAAGAAGAAGAAGAAGAAGAAGAAGAAGAAGAAGAAGAAGGAGAUGUGAGUAAAGUUGAGAACAGAGAAGAAGUUGAAGAGGAUAAUGUAGAAAGAGAGACUCAGAGGGAAGAAGGUUUUGGAGAGAUGAUGGAAGAUAAAGAGAGAGAGAGUCAAGUUUCUGAAGGUGAGGGUUUCAGUGGAGGUGUGGAUGAAGAAGAAGCUCAAAUUGAGGAUGAUGACUUAGAAAUGAUUCAAGAGAUCGAUGAGCAACACAAGAUUUUGGAAUCUUCAGAAGAAGAGAUAGUUGGUGAGAAAGAGUUGGCUGAUUCAGACUCAGAGAGUGAGGACAGUGGAUUUAGAAAGCUUCCAGACAUUAUAGAACAAGAAGAUAACCAAGAGGUAAUGGAGCAGAAAGUUUCAGAAGAGACUAAAAGAGAUGACACUGGAUCAGGAGCAAUUGAAGGACAAGAAUCUGAUGAGGACAGUGGCUUAGAAAAUCUUCCAGACAUUAAAGAACAAAAAGACAACCAAGAAGGAAGGGAACAUAAAGUUUCAGAAGAGACUGAAAGUGAUGAUAAUGGAUCUGGAGCAGUUGAAGAGAUUGAAGAAGAAGAAUCUGAUGAGGAUAGUGGCUUAAAAAAGCUUCCAGACAUUAUAGAACAAGAAGAUAGCCAAGAAGUAAUGGAACAGAAAGUUUCAGAAGAUGCUAAAAGUGAUGACAUUGUAUCUGGAGCAGUUGAAGAGAUUGAAGAACAAGAAUCUGAUGGGAACAGUGGCUCAGGCACAAAGACUAAGGACAGUGGCUUAGAAAAUCUUCCAGACAUAAUAGGACAAGAAGAUAACCAAAAAGUAAGAGAGCAGAAAGUUUCAGAAGAGACUAAAAGUGAUGACAAUGGAUCUGAAGAAGUUGAAGAGAAUGAAGAAGAAGAAUCUGAUGAGGAUAGUGGCUUAAAAAAUCUUCCAGACAUGAUAGAACAAGAAGAUAAACAAGAAGUCAUGGAGCAGAAAGUUUCAGAAGAGACUAAAAGAGAUGACAUUAGAUCUGAAGCAGUUGAAGAGAUUGAAGAACAAGAAUCUGGUGGGAACAGUGGCUCAGACACAAAGACUAAGGACAGUGGCUCAGAAAAGCUUCCAGACAUAAUAGGACAAGAAGAUAACCAAAAAGUAAGGGAGCAGAAAGUUUCAGAAGAGACUAGAAGUGAUGACAAUAGAUCUGGAGAAGUUGAGGAGAUUGAAGAACAAGAAUCUGAUGAGGACAGUGGCUUAAAAGAGCUUCCAGACAUGAUAGAACAAGAAGAUAACCAAGAAGUAAUGGAACAGAAAGUUUCAGAAGGAACUAGAAUUGAGGAAAUUGGAUGUAGAGCAGUUGAAGAGAUUGAAGAACAAGAAUCUGAUGAGAUAGGUAGAACAAGUAUCAGUAGAGAAAUAGAAAAGAAAAAGAGUGAUGCUGGUGAUGGCUUGAGGAAGGCUCAAGGGAUUGAAGAACCGGAGAGACACAAUGAAGAAAGAAAGAUUCAAGAAAUGGUUGAAGAAGAAACAGGUGGUCAAGAGAAGGACUCCAAGGGAGAUUUUGAUGGGAAAGAAACUCAAAUUGAGGAUGACAACUUAGGAAAGAGUCAUGAAGAAGAAACAGUUGGUCAACAUGAGUUUUCUGAUUCAGAUACAACGAGUGAGGGAAGUAGUAGUUUAAGAAAGCCUCCAAACAUUUUCGAACAAGAAAAUAACCAGGACGUGAUGGAACAGAAAGAUUCACAAGCAGAGACAAAAAGUGAUUCUAGAUCCUCUGAAGAGAUUGAAAAACAAGAACCUCAUGAGCAGCUAGAUGGAACAAGUAAAAGUAGAGCAACAUCUGAUGAUGAUGGCUUGAACAAGGUUCAAGGCACUGAAGAACCAGAGAGACGAAAUGAAGAAAGCAAGAUCCAAGAAAUGGUGAGAGGGGAUCCUAAAGAAGACGUUGAUGCGGAGAUGGGUGAAGGGUUCACACCAAACAUUGAGAGAACACCAGUAGUUGCAGAAACUGAGACAAAAGCUGGGGAACUUGAAUCUAAAAAAACAGUAGCAGAAAAUGUAGAGAAGAAACAUGAUGAAUUGGUUGAGAAGAAAGAAGAGAAAGAUAGAAGAAGCUUCAUAAAGGUUCAGGAGAAUGAAGAACAACAUUCUUCUGUAACGAAUGAUGUUCCGAAACCAGUUCAGGAGACUGAAGCACCAGAGAUGGAUACUUUAGUUAAAACAAAUGAUGAAGAAAAAGAGAAGAAGAAAAGUCUGGAGAUGGAGAAAAAAAACAUUGGGGAAGGAUUUGCACCAAACAUUGCAGAAACUGAGAAAAAACCUGAGGAUUUUGAAUCUGAAAAACAAGGAGCAGGUGAUGUAGACAAGAUACAUAAACUGGUAGAAAAGAAAAAAGAGGAAGAUGCUAAUGUGAGGGCAAAGGGUGAAGACAGAAGAAGCUUAAUAAAGCUUCAAGAGAAUGAAGAGCAACAUUCUAAGGGAAGAAAGGGACAAGACAAACAAGAAAAUAUCAAAGAAUUGUUGGAAGAGAAAGCACCAGAGGCAGAUACAGAGAUAGUGAAUGAUAUUCAGAAACCAGUUAAAGAGAUUGAAGUACCAGAGGUGGGUACGUUAGAGGAAACAGGUGAUGAAGGAAAAGAGAAGAAAAACAUUGUAGAAACUGAGAGAAAACCUGAGGAUUUUGAAUGUGAUAAACUAGGAGCAGAUGAGGUAGACAAGAUAGAUGAACUGGUUGAGCAGAAGAAAGAGGAGGCAGAUGCAAAAAAUGAUGAGGCUGGGCCACAAAGUAGCUCAAUAAAGCCUCAGGGAGUUGGAGAACAACUAUCUCAGGGACAAAAGCGACACGAAAAGACCAAAGAAUUGGUGGAAGAGAAAACUCCAGAGGCAGAGAAAGCUAUAGAGGAUGAUACUCCCAAACGAGUUCAGGAGGAAACAAAAGAUACAGACUCAAGAAAGCCACAAGAGAAUAUUAGACAACAGGAGUUGGAUGAAUGUGAAAGAUGCGAGAAAGAAAGCAAGAACCAAGAAUUGACGAAAAUCAACACAAAUUAUGAAGAGAAAGACACUGAAGAAACAAUAACAAAGGAGCAAGAUUCAUAUAGGCCAAAUGUAGUUGGAGAAGAAAAAGAGGUUCAAGAACUAGCUGAAGAGAAGCCGCAUUUUUCCAAAAAUAGAAAACUCAAGGAGGAAGAAAAAGUUCCAGAGAAGAAAACAGAACAUGGUGAUGAUGAUGAUGAUAUCUCAAGAAAAGCUGGAGAUUCAGAUGAAAAAGAAGAGGUUGAUUAUGAAAUGGGCAAAGGAUUUGCACCAAACAUUGCAGAAACUGUGAAAAAAACUGAGGAUUUUGAGUUUGAGAAACUAGGAGCAGAUGAGGUUGAGAAGAUACAUAAACUGGUGGAUAAGAAAGAAGAGGAAGAUGAUAAUGCGAGAGCAAAAGGUGAAGACAGAAGAAGCUUAUUAAAGAUGAAAGAGGAUGAAGAACCACAUUCUAAGGCAAGAAAGCGACAAGACAUACAAGAAAAUAUCAAACAGUUGGUGGAAGAGAAAGCUCCAGAGGCAGAGACAGAUAUAUCAAAUGAUAUUUUGAAACCAGUUCAAGAGAUUAAACAAGAGGUGAGUACGUUAGGAGAAGCAGGUGAUGAAAUAAAAGAAGGAAAGGAGAAGAAGAAAAGUGAAAGUUUGGAGGUAACAAACAGGGAUGCCAAAAAAGAGACUGAUCUGAAAAUGGGAGUAGCUGAGACAAAACCUGAGGAGUUUGAAUCUGAUCAACUAAAAGCAGACAAGAUACAUGAACCGGUUGAGAAGAAGAAAGAGAAGGAAAAAAGUGUAGGCAUUAGCUUAAUAAAGACUCAUGAAGUUGGAGAACAGCAGUCUCAGGGACAAAUGCAAGAGGGUGAACACGAAAUGAUUGAGGAAUUGGUGGAAGAGAAAAUUCCAGGAGCAGAAACAAAUAUAUCAAAUGAUACUUCGAAACCAGUUGAGGAGAGAGGUGAGGGAAGACAAAAGAUCCCAAAACUUUUUCAAGAGGAGGAAACAAAGAAGCAGCCAGAAGAGCACAAAGAGAAAAUGGUGGAGACGGGGGAAAAGAUUGAUGAUGCUGUCUCAAGAGAAGUUCAAGAGAUUAUAAGACAACAAGACCUGGAUGAAGCAGAAAGAUGCGAGAAAGAAAGCAAGACCCAAGAAGUGGUGAAAAGCAAAAGAAAUGAUGAAGAGAAAGGUGCUGGAGAAACAGAAAUAGAGGAGCAAGAGUCCUAUGGACCCAAAAUACUCUGGGAUGAAGAAACUGCAGAGAAGAAAUCAGUAUUUGAUGCUGAAGAAAGAGAUUUAGAUUCCAGAGAAGAGGUUGAUGUGGAAAGGGGCAAAGGAUUCACACUAAACAUUUCAGAAACUGAGACAAAAUCUGAGGAGUUUGAAUCUCAUAAACCGGAACCAGAUGAGGUAAAUGAGAAUGAUGAUAUACAUGAACUGGCUGAGGAGAAAGAAGAGGACAAUGCUAAGGUGAGAAGACAAGACGAAGACAGGAGCUUACUAAAGCUUCAAGACAAGGAAAAACAACAUUCAAAGAGACAAAACCGACAAGAGACAAAUAUUCCAACACCAGUUCAGGAAACAGGUAAUGAAGGAAAAGAGAAGAAGAAAAGUGUUACAAUGGAAAUAAAAAAUGGGUAUCCCAAAGAAGAGUUUGAUGCGGAAAUGGGCAAAGGAUUGACACCGAACGCUGCAGAAACUGAAACAAAACCUGAGGAGUUUGAAUCUGAUGAGGUAGAUGAAGUGGUUGAGAAGAAAGAAGAAGAAGAGGACAAUGCUAAGAUGAGGAGAAGAAAAAUUGAAGACAGUAACCUAAGUAAAAAGCUUGAAGAGACUAAAGAACAACAACAACAGGAGAAGAUCAAAGAGUUAGUGGAAGAGAAAACUCCAGCGGCAGCAGAGACAACUGUAGCGACUCAAAUUCCGAAACCAAGUCAAGAGAUUGAAGAACCAGAGGUUGGUACAUGUGAGGAGGAAACAAAGGAUCAAGAGUUGUAUAAACCAAAAGUAAUUGGCGAUGAUGAUGAUCAUCAUGUUUCAAGAAAAGUUGGAGAUGCUGGACAAAGAGAUUCAGGUGCCAAAGAAGAGGUUGAUCCUGAAAUGGGCACACCAAACAUUUCAGAAACUGAGACAAAAGCAGUUGAGGAAGAUGACAUGAUACAUGAACUAGUUGAGAAGAAGAAGAAGAAGGUGAGAAGACAAAGUGAAGACAGUAGGCUCCAAGAAGAAAAGAUCAAAGAAUUGUUGGAAGAGGCAGAGACUGAAAAACCAAAGGUGGAGGAGAGGUUAGAGACAUGUGAGGAAAAGAUAUUUUCAGAGGCAGAAACAAAGGAUCAAGAGUCUUAUAGACCCAAAAUACUCGAAUGUGAAGACAAAAUCCAAGAACUAGCUGAAAAGAAGAUGGACUUUUCAAGAAAAGUCGAGGAGGAAGAAGAAACUGCAGAGAAGAAAACAGAACUUGGCGAUGAUGAUGAUGAUACGUCAAGAAAAGCUCAAGACAUUGAUGCAAUGAAAAGAAAAGAAGAAAAAGAAGAGAUUCAAGAACAAGUACUGGAAGAAAAAGUAAUUGAUAGUGGCAAUAAAACCGUUGCACAUGAAGAAGAUGAACCUGGAAACCAAUUCCAGGAACUUAUAGAAGGAGAAAAAACAAGUUGUCAAGGAGAAGUUAAAGGUGUAGAGAGCGAGAAGAAUACAAGAGAGGUAGACAAAAGAUUCAGAGAAGCUCAAGAGGUUGAAAGAACAGACUCAGAUGAUGUAUCUGGAAUAUAUGGUAAAGGAGAACUCCAGGAAGAAGAUGAUAGACUAGAAAGAGGGACAGGUACUAUAGAACCAGAAUUGGUUAAUCUGAACAGUCAAAUGGAGCAAGAACUUGAGGAUGAGAACAUCAAUAGUAGUUGCAAAGAAGAAGAAUCAGAGAUCAAAACUGAUGAUGUCAUAAGAAAGGUUCAAGGUGUUAAAGAACAUGAGUUGUCUGAACCAAAAAGGAACCAUGGUAGCAAGAUUAAAGAAAUGAUAGAAGAGAAAAUAGGAGAGGUAGAGAAAGAAGAUGAAGUACAGGAGUCACAUGAACCUAAUAUACGCAAGGAACGACGCUGUAAGACCAAAAUAACUGGGACAGAGGAGCCAAGUGGUCAAGCAAGAGAGGAAGAGGAGAAGGAGAAAGUUGUAGAGUCUAGGACAGUAACAGAGAUUAAGGACCAACGACCUGACAAGCCAGAGAGUCAUGAGAAACGAUACAAGAUUCAAGAACUGGUGGAAGCUGGACAUAAUGAAGAGCAAAAAGAUACUGUCAAGGCAAAGCAGACCUCAAAAGGGGUUCAGGAGAUAGAACAGCAGGAAUCUGAUGGAUUAAGUAGUUCUGUAGUACAAGAAGACAAGAAGCAAGAAACAGAGGAGAAGAGGACAAAAACUGAAGAUGCUACCUUGAGAAAAGUCCAAGAUGAUGAAGAUCCAGAAAUGAGUAAGUCUUAUAAGAUCCUGGAACCAGUGGAAAUGGGAACAAGUGAUUAUAAAGAAGAAGUCAAGAAACAAGUUGGGGAUGAUACUUUAAGAAUCCAAGAGCCUCCUGACAAACCAAAUUUAGAUGAACUUGAGAGACGCAGUGAGCAAGGAGACAAGAUCCACGAACCAGUGGAAAUGAGAACACAUGAUGAUUACAGAGAGAAAUUCAAGAAACAAGAUGGUGAUGUGGACGAAGAAAAAGUGGAAGAUGACAGUUCAGACAAGUUUCAUGAGUUUGAAGAACAAAAAUCACAUGAACCUGAGAGGCAGGAGAAGAGAAAACAUUUCAGUAAAGAAUCAGAGGAACAUGAGAAAACUAGAGUAGUGGAAGAGAAGGAGACUCUGGAGAGGAAGAAGACAAGAAGUAGAGAUGUUCAGGAUGAUGCAGAGCCAGAAUUGCUUAAACCUUACAAGGCACAAGAAGAAGACAAGAAGGUCCAUGAAUUAGUGGAGAAGGGAACAAGUGAUUACAGAGAAAAGGUCAAGAAACAAGAUGGUAAUGAUACUUCAAUAAGCAAAGAGCAAAUAUGUACUGUGGAUGAAGAAAAAUUAGAGAGCAUUGCUGAUCCAGGAGAAAAAAUGGAAGAUGAUAAUUCAAGAAAGUUUCAUGAACCAAAAUCAGAUGAUUAUUGGACACAACUGGAGCGAGAAAAGAUGAAAUAUUUAGUAAAAGAGGAAGCAACUGGUCCCAAAGAUAAAUGCACUGCUGAAGCAGGCCAUAGUGACCACAAAGAAGAACAACAUGAAGAUAUUACCUCAGAAAAGGUUCAAGAGAUUUUUGAAAAGCAUAAGGCUGAUGAAUUGCAGAGAUCUCUGGGACAAGACAAGAUGCAUGAAAUAGAGGAAAAGGAAAAAACUAAAGCAAUGAAGGAGAAUGAGACUGUGGAGAGAAGGAAAAAAAACUGAACUGGAGACAAGACCCAGGAACUAGAGGAAAUGGAAACAAAGGAUUACAGAGAAAAGGUCAAGAAACAAGAUGGAGAUGAUGUCUUAAGAAGCCAAGAAACUGAGAAACUGGAUUUAGUUGAAGAAGAAGCAACUGAUCCCAGAGAUAAACACACAGGAGGGAAAGAAGAAGAAAGAGAUGAGGAAGUUGCACAGACUGAGACAAAAGUUGAGGACGAGACCAACAAAGAGGUAGAAGAGAAGCAAAAAGAAGAAGAAGAAGAAGGUUCCUUAGAUGAUCCUAUGACAAAGAUUCAAGAAAUUGAAAAAGAAGACUCACAUGAUACAGAGAUUCAAGAGAAGCUAGACAUAGUCCAGGAGGACUUUGUGGAAGAGGAAACAGUGGAUCAAGAAGAUGAAGUGGCAAUGGAAGCUGUAGAGGCAAAUUAUGAUGAAGAUAGUUCAAGAAUUUUGCAAACUAUAGAAGAACAUGAAGAACACAAGGAACAAAGAAAUGGUCCUGGAGUGGAAGGAGAAGAUGAAGAAAGAAUUGUCGAGAAAGAAGCAUAUGAGGAAGCACUUGAUCUCAAACACACCGGUGGAGAAAGAUACAAUGACCAUAAAGAAGAAGAAAAGUUUAUUCCCAAGGAAGAAGUGAAAGCUGAGGAAGAUAGCUCAGAAGAGGAGUUUGAUGAGUUGCAGAGAUCUUUGGUACAGGACAAGAUGCAAGAAACAGAAGAAAAAGGAAAGCCUAGAUCAACGGAGGAGAAUGAGACUGUGGAGGGAAGGACAAAAACUGAAGAUGAUGGUAGCUUGAUUAAGGUUCAAGAAGGUGAAGAUCCUGAGUUGAGUAGACAUAAGAGAAAUGAGGAAGAACUCAAGAAAGAAGAUGAGGAGAGAAAGAUUCAUCAAUCAGUGGAAGGUGUAAAAGGAGAAGACAAGACAUUGGGUCAAGAAGAUGAUUGGGUAGGGGAAGCUGAAGCUGUAGUGGCAAAAAAUGAGAAAGAUAGUUCAAGAAAGUUGCACACCAACACUGGAGGAGAAGAACUAAAACAACAAGAAGAGAUCCCUGAUCCUAGAGUGAAAGAAGGAGAUGGGGAAAGAGUUGCCGAGAAAAAGACAAAAAUGGAAAAGGUUCAUGUCCAAGAACCUGAAGUAAAAACAGAGAAUGAAGAAUCAAGGAGAGGACAAAAAGACAAACAAGAGAAGAAUGAUGAGACAAGAAGUGACGAUGGUAUUGUGAGAAAGGUUGGAGAGACUAAAGUGAAAGAAUCAGAUGAAAAGAAAGAUCCAGAACCGGAGGAACAGAUUGAAGAACCAGAGAGGAAAGAAGUGAGUAAUGAUGGAGUUAAGCUGGUGACUGAAGAGGAUAGCCUUACAAAAGGCCAAGAUUUUAUAGAAAAGGAGCCAUCAGAGAGACGACAAGUGGGACAAGAAAACAUCCAACAACUUAAGGAUGCAGAAAAACAAGAAGAUGAGGGAAAAUCAGAUGCAGGAGUGGAGAUGCAAGAUAAGAUUAAAGAAGCAAAGGGUAUAGAGGGAAGUGAGAAAGCUGCAGAAGUGGAGAUGCAAGCUAAUACUGGCAUCAUAAUGAAGGAACAAGAAACUAAAAGACAAGAACCAUAUGAGUUGCUAGAAGAUGAAGAGCAUGACAAGAUUCCAGAACCGAUUGUUGAAGGAACAAAGAAUCAAAGAGAGGAGGAAAAGAGAAUGACAGAUAGAGAAGUUGAAGAGAUGAAGAGAGAAGCUGAGGACGUUAGUUCAAGAAAGGUUCAGAAGAGUAAAGCAGGAGAAACAGAUGGAUUGGAGAAACACAGGGAACUAAGUGAGCUCCAAGAAAAUCAACCAGUGGCAGAAGAAGAAGUGAAUGAAGUGGGAGGAUAUAAGGCAGUGCUGAAGACAAAAUCUAUGGAAGAUUCAAGCCAGACUCAAGAUGUUGAAGAAAAGGGACCAGAUCGUACAGAACAAGAAAACAUCCAAGAGAUGAUGGCUGAGGAGGAAGAAGAAGAGAAGAACGAGAAGGAGAAGAGAAUGCCGCAUGUGGAUUCAAAAGCUAACGAUGAUAGCUCAGAGAAGACUGAGACCGAAAUAUUGAGAGGUAAAAAGCAAAAGGAAGAUCAUCAAGAAGUGGUGGAAACAGAAACAAGUGAUCAGAGGAAAGAAGAAAGGGAGGAGAAGAUUGUUGGUAAAGCAGUGACAAGAGAUGAAUGUGAUAGCUCAAGAAAGAAUCAGGACCAUGAAGAAAUACAGUUAGAUAAACUAGAAGAGAUGAGUGGAUCACUUGCAAGAGAGGAAACAAGCAAUGAUAAAGAAGAAAACAGAGGAAACAGAGCAGGUGCAAAGAUAACAAUCAAGGAUGACAAGAAGCAGUUGCUUGUGGAAAUUGACACAAGUGGUAAAGCAAAAGAGACUAAGAGUAGAGAUGACAUCUCAAGAGAAAAUCAAAAACAAGACUCUCAUGAACAAAAGAGAAACUCUGAGGAACAUGACAAGAAGAACAUGGGACCAAACUAUCACAGAAGUGAAGAGGAUGGUAAGGAAGAUAAAGAAACUGCAGAAGCAGAGGGCACGAGAAAGAAGAAGGGGAUUGAAGAACGAGAAUCAGCUAAAAUGGUGGAUAGACAUGAUAACCAAGAUAACAUAACUGAUUUGGUGGAAGAGAAAAUGAACAAUCAAGAAGGAGAAGACAAGAAGAGUAUGUCUAUGGAGGUCUUGGAAAAAUCUGAAGACCAUGAAUCAACAGAACCUGAAAGGCUGAGGAAACAAGACAAGGAUAGGGAACAAGUGCAACAAAGAUCAACAGAUAACCUUAAAUAUGAAGAAACCAUAGAAACAGUCAAGGAUAAGGAAUCAAGAAAGACUCAUCAGCUCAAAGAAGAGAGGCUUAGGGAAAAAGAGAACAGGGAAACUGAAUGUGAAGAUGGUAGCUCAAAACAGAUUCAAGAGGUAGACAAAGAUGGAUCAACAGAACCAAGAAGAGUUGAGGAAAGAGACAAGAUCCGACCAGUGGAUAGAGAAACAAGUGAAGAUGAAGAAGAAGAAGAGUUAAAAGUUGAAGUUGAAGACUCAGAAGAAGAUUGGGAAGCUGAAGUGAUUCAAGAGAUGGAUUCAGAUGAAGAAAAUGAUAAACUUAGAAAAAUAAGAAGAAUCAAACUAGGAUUUAGGUUAGUUGGAGGAUCAACAUUGUUUACGUCACUAAUAGUCAUAGUUUUUCGUUUGAUUCGUUCCAAGAGAAAAAUAAGAAGCUACAAGUUCUAAAUUCCAACCAAAGCACAAUAUCAUCUUUUUAUUAUUCGAGUUUUUUAAUUGAUAUGAAAUCAAGAUCCACACAA